GCAAACUUUCCCGGCGUCACACACAGGUAGGACAACAUCAAACAGACCCCACGGGGUGUGCCAGAGUUCCUGAGCUCCAGCAGGAGCUACCACAGCCAUGGCCGAAUCCCAGCUCAUGUGCAUGGAGGACGGCCUCAUCGGAGCCAAGAUCCCGGAGUCCAAACCGGAGUUUUACUACAGCGAGGAGCACCGCGCGGCCGUGGAGGAGCUGCUCAAGAAUGGCGACGGCGCCUUCAAGACGCGACUCAAAGACGACGACAUGAAAGACUUUCUGUCGGCCAGAGAAGUCAAGCUGCUGACCAGCACCUUCAGACAGUACGACUCGGCCGGAGACGGCAGCGGCGGCGGGGCGUCGACGUCCAGGUCCGACGCGGACUCGGGGGUCCAGUCCACCUACUGGCCCCAGAUGUCGGACACCGAGGUGCCGCCGCUGGACAUCGGCUGGCCCAGCGGGGGGUUCUUCAGGGGGGUGACCCGAGUGGCCGUGCACACACACCCGCCCAAAGAGAACGGACCUCACAUCAAGGAGGUGGUGCGGAGGCUCAUCCAGGAGGCCACCAAGGUGAUAGCGAUAGUGAUGGACAUGAUCACAGACCUCCAGAUCCUGCAGGACCUGAUGGAUGCGGCCUCCCGUCGCUCCGUGCCCGUCUACAUCCUGUUGGACCACCAAGGCGUGCCGCACUUCCUGGAUAUGUGCUCCAGGCUGCAGAUCGGCUCACAGCACCUUCGGAACAUCAGAACCAGAUCGCUCUGUGGAAUCGGCUUCGGCUUGUCCUUCGGGAGACUGCCUGGUGCACUGUGUUAUAAAUACAUGCUGGUGGACGGCGACAAAGUCAUGUUUGGCUCGUACAGUUUCUCCUGGUGUACGUCUCGUAUGGACCGAAACAUGAUCACUGUGAUGACCGGACAGGUGGUCGACUUCUUCGACCUGGACUUCCGUGAACUUUACGCCAUCUCUGAGAAGCUGGACCUUUACAAGGAGUUCCACGUCACCCCGCCUGCCGCUAACAUGACCGCGACAACACGCUCCAGAGCGGGGUCCAAACGGCCGCCUUUACCAGCGACCACAUCCCGCUUCCAGGUCAGCUUAGGGGAUUCAAGGAAAGCUGACAUCCAGGUGCCUGCGCACAAAUACUACAACCCCAAAUAUUCGCUGGUGUUUGGCAACGCCCCACGUCCACCGGGGUCUCUGCAGGAGCGCGGACCCAAGAGAGGGUCAGUUCUGGCCGAGGCUCCCCAGGAGACAGACCCAGGAAGGCCACGAUUGGCCAGCAGUGAGACGAUGGACCGGCCAAGCCUGCUGCCCUCAGAGGCCCCGAGCGAAAACUUCGAGUGGCACAACGGAACCAAGCAGGACAAGAAGGGGUUGAUCAACUGGAUGCGGAAAUUCUCUAAGAGGAAAUCAUCCAGUAAGCUUUCGGUUAACAGCGCGGCGGCAAGUAGGUGCCCUUCGCCCGCAGGAACCAGUCAGACUGAUGAGAACCAGGACAGCUUUGAGAUUAUUGUGAAAUCUCCACCCAAAUGGAAGAGUAAGAAGCUGUCUAAACUGGGUCAGAGGACAGACUCUCAGCAGACUGUCACCACUGCACAGGACAACAAGAGUGUCACGAGUCGACGUGGAGAAAAACAAGGCUGCGUGGUGUCCUGAGGGGAACCUGCCAGCCCUCUGACCACAGAGCCAAGUAUCACACCCUUAAAGUGGUUUCCUCAAAACUGACGUCACCUUUGAUUUUAGAUUGUGAGUACUGUAUCCAGUGCCUUACAGAAAGACCAGAUGAAUGUACAGUCCUUCAGGAACUCACACAUGCAGUUUUUAUAUGUUUGGUGCCAAAUGUAAAAUCAAUAUUCAAAGUGUUAUGGGAUGUCUGCUGCCCUUGUGGGUUGCAGAAAGGUUUGAUGAGAUAAUUCCUGCUGAUCGCUGGCAUUGUGUUCACUCUGAACCUUGCUGGGGCCUGAGGGAUGUAGCAGUGACUGCCUCCCUGCUGGGUGUAUAGUUGUGUAGUCUAUCAAAUCGUCUAUCAUGGUAAUUUCAUAUCAUGGUAAGGGUGUAUGCCACAGUAUAGUGAUGUAAGAGACACUAAAGCAGGAAAGAGUGUGAAGCAGCUGUGUAGCAGGGUAGCAGUGCGUACACUGUGAAUAACAGGGUGUAAAUACGGAAGGGAUACCACCCAACCCUGGAGAACACAGAAUGUGAAGUCUUCCAUGGCUGGUAAGAGAGUAUAAAGAAAGCAGUUGUCUAAGUUUACAAAUGAAACACAGCCACAGACACAUAGGCAGAUCUAAGUCUCCCUGAUCAGGAAUUAUUUGAAGCCCACGUCUGUCCUUUAAAGAGCAGACUCCACUGCAAGGUCCAAAGACGGGCGAGAAGCACUCUGAUCAUGAGCGACCUCAAAACAUGACAUUGUCUGACCUUGGAUCAUUCUUACUUUUGCACAGAGAAAUUAUGUUUGAAAAAGUAGUAGUUUCCCUUUAAGUAUUUGUGUUUACAGGAUAGUUCUGCAAACCUUUCUAAUUUUUCUGUGUUGUCGUUUACCUGUUAAAGAAUCGUACAAAGAAUUCAUGUUAAUGUCUGUUUGAUGCACUAAAAUGUUGUGGGACCUCCUGUUCGCUGCGCUUAAUAAAAGGUUUCAGACAAGGAAAACUCAAAAGGGGCCAUGAAGAUUUUUUUUUUUUUUAAUAUUUGGAUGGUUCAGUGUUUUACUACUUAUUAAAUACAGACCUAGUUUUGUAUUAUAUUGUUGAAGGUCAGGAACUUUAUUGUGCACACUGUGUAAAAUCGUUUUGGCAUUAAAAUAAUACAAAAUAUAAAUGGGAGAAGGGUCAGAAAGCUAUUUGCAUGGUCCCAAACAUAAAGUAUCAUUUAGAUUGUACUGCCACCUAGUGACGUCUCAAAAUACUACCCCAACACUUCAGAAGGGAAGCUGAUCUGCUUAUCUUCUCUGGGUGUUUGCUAACAGCUCAGACCUCAGAGAGGAACCACAGGCCUGUACACAGCUAAGGGUUGAGCUGGGGGUGGGGGUAAAGGAGGAGAUGUGGUGCAACACCGAAACAGGAAGUCAGAGCUGCAGCAGGAAGAGACGUUCUCACACGACGGUGACACUAAUUUUACUGACACACAGCAGGACUAAUAAUGUUAUUUCCUGUUAGCAUUACAUCUUAAUGUUCAUCCUAAAACAUCGUGACUGUCUUUCUUUCAGUGGAAAUUCUUGAAAAAAGAAAUUAGGGGUCAGAUCUUGUCAGGUCAUUCCAUUGCAAGAUGACCUGUGCCGCUAAGUUUCUCCAAUAUGUCUCACUUAGCAGAAGUUUGACAUUUAAUGUUCAGUGGGACACUACAGACUGCAUCUUUUUACUGUUAUGGGUUGCUUGUCUGCCUAUUGAUGCUUGAGAAUUUUGAGUACAUAAAACAAUUACACAAUUAUGCUUUUAUAAGGGCAUGCUUUGCUCACAACUGUUGAAAGGCAUAAUUACAAUUGUGUUGCUAAAUCCAGGAGAAUAUUACAUACAACUUUGAUCCUGGUUAGGGUUUCAGAAAGCUUUACUCGCAUACUCUAAUGAAAAGAUGGUCGGUCACCAUGUUGACAAGCAUCAGAGGGAAUCGCCAGUAUUUACGCUGAAAACUGAGGGAGAAAGUACAAUAACUUAGUCGAGUUUUACUUGUAUGUUUCUGGGAUAAACUAAAUAAAAUAUAAGUCAUGCAACUGCA